AGUGCGCGCCCACUCCGGCUCCAGGCGGCUACCGCGCGGGCCCAGGCCGUCUGGUUCCAGCCGAGCAGCAGCGGUAGCGGCGGCAGCUCGUGGCGAGGCCCCGCGCCCCUCUCAGCUCCUCCCCGGCGCGGUGCAUGGAGACGCGGCCCGCCGCCCGCCCCUGAGCCCGCCGCCCGGCCCGGGACCCGCGGGGGCUUGGGGUGGCCUCGGGCUCCGUCCGGCCCUGCCGAAGCCGGACUCAGGCUUGACCAGCCGCCACCGCCGCCCGAGGGCUGCGCGCGGCCCGCGGGCCUCGUCGCCCGCGCGGAUCGCGGCGGCCCGGCCGUCCCGUCCCAGGAAGUGGCCGUCCUGACCGCCAUGGCUCACUCCCCGGUGCAGUCGGGCCUGCCUGGCAUGCAGAACCUAAAAGCAGAUCCUGAAGAGCUUUUUACCAAACUGGAGAAGAUUGGGAAGGGCUCUUUUGGUGAAGUGUUCAAAGGCAUUGACAAUCGGACUCAGAAAGUAGUUGCCAUAAAAAUCAUUGAUCUGGAAGAGGCUGAAGAUGAGAUAGAAGACAUUCAACAGGAAAUCACAGUGCUGAGUCAGUGUGACAGUCCGUACGUCACCAAAUAUUAUGGAUCCUACCUGAAGGACACUAAAUUGUGGAUAAUAAUGGAAUAUCUUGGUGGAGGCUCCGCACUGGAUCUAUUAGAACCUGGCCCUUUAGAUGAAACCCAGAUUGCUACCAUAUUACGAGAAAUACUGAAAGGACUUGACUAUUUGCAUUCAGAGAAGAAAAUUCAUAGAGAUAUUAAAGCUGCCAACGUGCUGCUCUCUGAACACGGAGAAGUGAAGCUGGCUGAUUUUGGGGUGGCGGGCCAGCUGACUGAUACCCAGAUAAAGAGAAACACCUUCGUGGGCACCCCGUUCUGGAUGGCACCCGAAGUUAUCAAACAGUCGGCCUACGACUCCAAGGCAGACGUCUGGUCCCUGGGCAUAACGGCCAUCGAGCUUGCGAAGGGGGAGCCGCCUCAUUCCGAGCUGCAUCCCAUGAAGGUUUUAUUCCUCAUUCCAAAGAACAACCCCCCGACGCUGGAAGGAAACUACAGCAAACCCCUCAAGGAGUUCGUGGAGGCCUGUCUGAACAAGGAGCCGAGCUUCAGACCCACUGCCAAGGAGUUACUGAAGCACAAGUUCAUAAUCCGCAAUGCAAAGAAGACGUCCUACCUGACCGAGCUCAUCGACAGGUACAAGCGAUGGAAGGCCGAACAGAGCCACGAGGACUCCAGCUCCGAGGACUCAGACACGGAAACGGACACAGACAGCCAAGCAUCCGGAGGCAGCGACUCUGGGGACUGGAUCUUCACCAUCCGGGAGAAAGAUCCAAAGAGUCUUGAGAACGGAGCUCUUCAGCCAUCGGAUUUAGAAAGAAAUAAGAUGAAAGACAUCCCAAAGAGGCCUUUCUCUCAGUGUUUAUCUACGAUUAUUUCUCCUCUAUUUGCAGAGCUGAAGGAGAAGAGCCAGGCGUGCGGAGGCCACCUGGGGUCCAUAGAAGAGCUGCGCGGGGCCAUCUACUUGGCAGAGGAGGCCAGCCCUGGCAUCUCCGACACCAUGGUGGCCCAGCUUGUGCAGCGGCUGCAGAGAUACUCUCUCAGUGGUGGAGGAACUUCGUCCCACUGAAAUUCCUUUGGCGUUUGGGGUUUUGUUUUUCCUUGUUUUCCUCUUCAUCCUCCUUCUUAAAAGUCAAUGAGAGCCUUUGCUGACUCCGCUGAAGAGGCGCGCCCUUGGGGGGCCGUGCGCCCGGCGAGGUCGCCCGGCCCGGCCACGUGGCCCCUCGCUGGCCUCGGCCUGACGACGUCUCCUGGUGGGGCGGGGAGGGGCAGCUCCUUCCAGCGAUUAUUUUAUUUUUCUUGUUUUUAAUUUUAACCGUAGUGCACAUAUCAAGGAAAGUGUCUUUAAAAACAAAAAAAUAAGCCCUGAAAUGUAUAUUUGGGAUUAUGAUAAGGCAACUGAAGAAAUGAAACCUCAGGUAUCCUGCUUUAAGUCGAUGACUCCCCCUCCCCGGGAGACGGAGAACCGCUCUGGUGGGUCAGUGUACAGAUUGUAUAUAGUGUCAUUUUUACGGAACCCCUUUUGGCGUGCAUAGGAAUCACUGUGUACAAAUUGGCCAAGUGCUUCUGUAGAUAAUGUCAGUGGAGUAAAUAUUCGACAGGCCAUAACUUGAGUCUAUUGCCUUGCCUUUAUUACAUGUAAAUUUUGAAUUAUGUGACCAGUGAUUUGGAUUUUAUUUUGUAUUUGCAGGGUUUGCCAUUAAUAAUAAUUAAUGCCCCUCUCGUGGAACACUCCUAUAUUUGUACCUCAGCCGAUGCAAAUUUUCCUCUUGUUUGCCCUUUUGGUACACUUAGAAGUUGAUUUCUUUUUUCAUCGAUGGUACUAUUUCUUAGUGUUUUAAAUUGGAACAUACCUUGCCUCAUGAAGCUUUAAAUUAUUAUUUUUAAAUUUCUCCCCAACGAAGCGUUCUCUCUCUCGUCUGACAUUUGUUUGGAAUCGUGCCACUGCCAGUUGUGCGCCAGCUGUGCGUCCUUUCAGUAUGAUUUUCUGUUGCACCUUGUAGUGAAAUCUGCAUAUCAUCUUUCCCACCUAAAAAUGUCUGAAUGCUUACACAAAUAAAUUUUGUAACACACUUA